CACGUGGCAUUUGAGUGAGGAGCGCGCGCAACAUCUCUACAGCGGAAACAUUAACGGGAAAAGUAGAGAAAAACUGGGCGGUGUGGGAAUUUGGUCACAUGGAGCGCACAGACUAAAAACUGACGCGCUGAAAGUGAUUCAAGCAGGUCUGCUUUUAUAAACGAGCAGAGGUGAAUUUGAACAAGAAGAGCAGCGACUAUCCGCUCUCAUAUAACGUGCGUACGUUUGACGUCAUUCGCACAGGUGUCAAGAGCAUCGUUGUGAUUGCCUUCCUUUUUCUGAGCAUUGUACAGCAGCUCGUGAUCACAUGAUGCCGUUUACAGUGAACCUGAUUGGCCCAUCCCCGUGGGGAUUCAGAAUAUCUGGAGGGCGAGACUUUAAGAAGGCCAUAACCGUUUCCAAGGUUAAUGCUGGCAGUAAGGCAGAAACGGCAUGUCUUCAGCCUGGUGACAUCAUCAUGGAGAUUAAUGGACUUAGUGCUGGUGAGAUGCUGAAUGUAGAGGCACAAAACAAAAUCAAGUGCUGCACGACACAACUGCAACUUCUUGUAGAAAGACCUGCUCCCCCCACUCCUGGUCAGACCAAUGGAAUCACAGAGCAGCUGGUUGGCCGUUUUCAGGAAGCUGUGCAGGUGAGUCGCGAUGAGAACCAGAACUACAAAGAGUACACCAUCUCCAGCCCGGCAUCUCUGUCACCUGGUCCAUAUACACCAGAGCCACCUUCAAGCCCUGACCGCAGAGGGGGUAGGAUCACUCCCACCAAUAAGAGCCUGCAGUUCCAUUCCUGGUCCUCAGAGGAGAAGAAUGUACAGAGUCACAGACUGUCUCGGCCCCUUUCUCAGGAGUUUUCUUCUUUGGAUUUCCGCAGUAACUGUGUAUCCAGUCGAACUCCAACUCCACCUGGACAAUAUUCACCACACAGCCCCAUUGAACGAGAGCUGUCGGUUUCACCUCGACGCAGCUCAGAUUUUGCCAUGCAGAAGUUUGACCGAGACUCGGAAGUAUACAAGAUGAUUCAGGAGAACAAAGAAUCUCGUGCGGCUCCCCGGCAAUCCAACACCUUCAAAAUGCUACAGGAGGUGCUGGAGGCUGAUGAGAAAGAGGCUGCUUUGCGGUUUCCAAGCAAGUUGUCACCAAACCCCCCUAAGACAUCCUCUGUUGCUGGUGUGCAGAAACAUCACACUUGUGAAAAAUGUGGCACCAGCAUUGUCACUCAGGCUGUGAAGAUUACAGACAAUUGCUAUCGUCACCCAGAAUGCUACACCUGUACAGAAUGCGGGCUCAACCUAAAGAUGCGGGGCCACUUCUGGGCGGAGGACAAAAUGUUCUGCGAGAAACAUGCCAGAGAAAGAUACCAGGGUCCUGGCAGUAGCCCUCACUCGGUUGUGUCCCCACACCACUGAAAAGUAUAGUUCCCCACCUUUAACUCCUCUGCUUGGCAGGAAGCACAGAAAGGAGAUGAUGAUGAAAUCAUUGUUACAUUGUCCAUUGGGAUCCAAAACAGUAUGUCUUAAAAUCACUUGAAACUUUGGGACUCUGCACAGUUUUGCCAUUUAUCAUGACUCUCCACAACUAGAGACUACAAGCUUCAAUCUAUUAGAAAUGGAGUGUCUGUAUUAGAGCUUGUGCUAUUUCUAAAACUGCCAGCAUACUAUAGUUGAAUUUACAUUGCCUGCCUCUUCCACAUGUUGUAUUAUGCUUUCAAAACAGCUUGUAUUUAAAGAGACAUUUAACUUGGGUUAUUCCUUACUAUAAGGGAUAGUUCACUUAAUAUUGAAUAUCAUUCACUCAUUCUUAACUUGUUUCAAAUCAGUUUGAGGCUUAUAAAAGUAAAUAUUUGAAAGAUUGUUGGAAAACUGUAACCAUUGACUUCCUUAUUUAUUAUUAUUAUUAUUAUUAUUAUUAUUAUUAUUAUUGUUAUUAUUGUUCUUUCUCAAUGCAGAUGUUACUAUGGAAGUCAGUGGCUUACAUGUUUCCAACAUCCUUCAAAGUAACCUAUUGUGUGUCAAAAGGAACAAGUCAAGGUUGAGUAAAUGAUGGCCGAAUUUUCAUUCUUAGGUGAACUAUUUUUCUAUGAGUAUUUGUAAAGCUUUUCCAUAUACCGAGACUAUAAUGGUGAGAUGCAUCAAGUGGGCAUCAGCAGUGCUGAUGCACACAGUACUGGUUUCAUCAUUGCGUUUGUAUGUGUGAAUAAUUGCAAACAAAUUUAUUCCAGUUUUCACUUGUAUAUGAAGGGUUUGAUGAUAACUUGGUAGUGAUUCCUAGUUGGACAUAUAUUUCUCAUAGUUCAAGAUAUACACGCACACAAACACAAAAAAUAAAUAUCACAACAAAGCCUCCAUUCACACAAAUGUACACGUUUAUAACGCUGCAUAGUUUAUUUGUCAUUUGCUUUGUAUUAAAUAAGGGAAAUUUAAGAAAUUUGAAUAUUUGUGUGUACAGUAAAUGUUUAUUUUUCACCUUGCUGUAUGUGGACCAAAUGGAGGGUUGUGCAUGCACUUUUUUUGUGUUCAGGGUUGCAUGCUUUAUUUGGAAUUUUUGGGGGGUGAGUGAGGUUUGGUAAUGCUCAGAUACACAGUUGUUUUGUUUGAGUGCCAGUGAGCAGAAUAUUAGAGUAUAAUAUGCAAUUUAAGACCAGAAACAUUUGUAAAUCAAAUAUAUCAGAUGAAUUGUGAAUUCCCACAUUGCGUUUGUAGGGUUGCCUCAGUCUUUACCUUUCCUGUUUCAAAUAAAAAAAAUAUAUAUAUUAUUGAA